AUGGAUGCCUUUAAGGAAAGUGUGUAUGGCCUUUUGGGGGAAGAGGAGGAGGAGGGCCUCUUUGGGAAAGAUACGUUUGUUUUGUCACCAGAGGAUCUAGAGAUUCUAAACAACGAUGUUCAGAGGCAGAUACUUGAUGAAGAGGAGGAUUUAUUUGAUGACUCCCAUGAAGAGGAGAAAAUUCAAAAAUCUACGGGUGAGCAGCAUAAAUUGAAACUAGGAGGAUCCAGAGAAGAUCCAGAAGAGGUAAAGGGUAGUAAAAGAUUUAAGAGUGUUGAUCCUGAUGCAGAGUAUGACCAGACGCAUUUCCUUUACGACCCGCCAACAAAAUAUAAAAACCGUUUCAUACUGUUUCUUACACCACUUCUGGUAGUUGCAUUACUCUCUUGGUAUGUGUACGAUAAGUUCAAUGAUCAACCGAUAAGUCCAAUGAUGUCGCAUAAAUUGUAUGUCUUGGAGCAAGAUGUCUCUUCACUGAAACAUUUGACAAUGUUGAAGGAUCGGGUAACUAAUUUGGAAAAGCAAUUAUCUGAAUUGAGGGAAUCAUUUCAAAGUUAUAAUACGCUCGUGCCGAAGAAUCACUGUUUAAGUAAUGAGAAAAUUGAAUCUAUACAUACAACCCAAGAUCAAUACCCAGCUUCGAUACAAGCUGUAGCACCAUUGCCAAUUGGAUCAUCCUCAUCGCUUGCCUCUCCUUUGCAUCCUUCUUUAUCUUUGUUGCAACAACCGCAUUCUUUGAAAUACUACAAUGUUAUCCCGAAAUGUCAGUUACAUAGGUAUUUGACUACCUUUCCACCGCUUCCAAGGCGCCGAAAGAGCGUUUUAUCAAGGAUAAUCCAUGGAUUUCCUGAUUUUUUGAAAAGGUCGAUUAAUCCGCCGUCGACAAACACAAUUGAUGGUAUAAAACUGCUAAGUUCCACGAACAAUCCACGUAAUGUAUUAUCCGAAUCCGCAGCGUUUUGGCAAAAUCCAAUGUCAGAACCUAUCUAUUUUACAAUUACUAUACCAGAUCCCAUUCACGUUCAUGAAGUAGGCAUUUACCAUUCACGGCAGCCACCAAUAGCCACCAAAUCACGUUGGUUUAAGGCUGCACCCCAAAAUGUUGAACUAUUAAUACGCCCGGUACCUUCAGAUUAUGAGAAUGUUUUGAGUAUUUUCUCUCAUUUAAACCAGGACAUAAAAUUGAAUCUAAAGAUAAAGAACGAAAAAGAUGCCAAAGGCUGGAUUCGUGCAGGAUCAAUGAAGUACGACAUCCAUCAAAAUCGAGCAUAUCAACCAUUUGUAUGGUCAACUGAGACCCGAGACGCGUUGUCUGGUUUCUACAUACAGAACAUCAUGUUCGUCAUAUACACUAAUUGGGGAGACGAAAUGCUUGCUUUGGAUACAGUAAGAGUUUAUGAAGCUGUGGAGAGAGACUCAGAUUCUGGGGUCGACGAUUCGGAGGUGCCUUAUUUGGGAGAAAUGUAA